AUGGCACAGAGGGUGACCACAACACCACCCGCGACCGCGACCGCGACCGCGACCGCGACGCGACGAACCCGCCGUCGUCCCCUCUCGGCCCGGAAGCUCGACGUGGUGUAUCUGUGCUUCUUCAUCGUGCAUGUGCCGAUCAUGUUCUUGGUCGACCUGGCCUCGAUCCUCCCAUCCAUCCUGGUCUCACCGCUCUCGCACAGCCUGCGCGCCUACCAGCUCCAGCGCUUCCAGGACCAGUUCUUCGUCCGUCCGCCCGCGUGGUUUACCGCGUACAUGUACCUCGAGGCCGUGUACCACGUGCCGAUCAGUCUGUGGAUGGUGUGGGGGAUUGUCAAGGAUCACCCUCUCGUCCCCCUACACCUCUUGAUCUUCGCCCUCGAGGUUGCCGUCACCACGCUCACCUGCGUCGUCGACAUUUCCGCCUGGGAGGGCUACACCUCUGCGCAAAAGUCGGACCUGUACGGGCUGUACGUGCCGUACUUGGUUCUCGCGUGCUUGAUGGGCAUCGACGCGUUCGUCAGAGUCAAGAGACAGAUUCUGCACUGCACCGGCUCCGGCUCCUCGGAGAAGGGCAAGACUUCAUAA